UUGAGGAACUCCUGGUCCCAUGGUCUAGUGGACGUUACUGAAAAUUGUUGAUUAAAGAGACGACGGCGGACAUAAAAUUUGAUAGCCCGCGCAGGGGAUGUUCAAAACGGGGAUGCGAGCAAAUGCAAAUUUCGCUGCACACUGCGUGAAGGGAGUGAUUAACGAGAGGUGGUGGAAAGCAAGGAGAAACAUAUCAGCAACAAAGUACAUGGAUGAAGAAUGGGAUUUGAGCGCGGAGGAGCUCGAUUGCCUAGAGCAAGAUGCUAUUCGACGCCUUGCCCAGCGCCAACAAUCAUCCACAGCCACCUCUUCUCCACUUAUCUCAUCUCCUCCUGGAAUGUCCGGCAGAAGUCAACUGAGCGUCAAGAUUUUCAAGGAUUGCCACGGAAAAAUUGCCUUGGAAACGCAGUAUAACCCGCACCUGGUGGCCAUGCUAAAAUCUGUUGCUGGACAUGAAUGGGAUCAACAUCGGAGGGUUUGGACAUAUCCUGAGGGUGAACUUGAGAAUGUUGAAAAGGCUCUUAGUUCACUUCCCCAUAUUGUAGCAAGUAUUUAUGCAGUUCCUCCACUUAACUUGCCUUUGAAGUCCAGAGAAGCUGAUUAUAAUGCAGGAAAAAACAUUUCCGAGCAAAGAAAUCCUGUAAACUUUCAGUUGUCACAACACUAUGGUUCAAGCAAAUCAAGCCCUUGCAAAUUGUUUGCAAAUUCAGGUGGUCAUAUUGGUGGAAGUCCACAGGCACAGAAGAAUACUGUUGCUGUGCAACUGUAUUUUAUAGAUCAGGAUCGGAUUGCUGCUCGAAGUAUUUAUAAUGAGAGAAUUAAGGAAGCUUGCCAAUCUGUUCAGGGGAGACUCUGGAAUGCAGAAGAGAAAGUUUGGACAUUUCCAAAUACUACAUUGGGUGAACUUCUGGAUUCUUUAGAUAAAAUAUCUUCACCUUCAAUAACUGUUGAAGCUCUUCCACCAUUGGUUUUGCCAGACACUUGGUGUUCGAGAAAUUUGAAGCUUGGUAAAGUUAUGGAGCCUGAGGGUAAGUCAGGGAUAACUCCAUCCACAAGAACAAAAUUAUUCCAGAAUGCUGAUCAAAUAAAAGGAAAAUAUGGAAAGUGUUAUGUUAACCUUUCUAUACAUAGCAGUGGGAAUAUUGCAGCAAGAUUCCCAUUCCAGGAGCAAGUGAUAGCAGCUUUUCGUGCAGUUCCAAAAGCUGAAUGGAGUGCCAAAGAAAGGCUAUGGAUUCUCCCUAUAUCAUCCCUACCAGAUGCAGAAAGAGCUCUUGCUCAAAUAGACGGCUUGGAAGUUGUUGUGGAAUCAUUGGAUCCUUUUGUGCGACAUGCUCUUGAUGCUUCUUCUAAAUUUCCUGACCUUAGAGGAACAUACAGCAAUAUACCUGCUUUCUUGGAGAAUGUACUAUUGCCGUUUCAAAGAGAUGGUGUAAGAUUUGUUUUGGAGCAUGGUGGACGUGCUCUGAUUGCAGAUGAAAUGGGAUUGGGAAAGACUUUGCAGGCAAUUGCUGUUGCCUCAUGUCUCAAAGAUUCCUGGCCAGUACUUGUUGUCACACCCUCUGCAUUGCGUCUACAAUGGGCUUAUAUGAUUAAUCAGUGGCUCCAUAUAUGCUCGUCGGAAAUAUCGAUUGUAAUGUCACAGUGGACUGGAUCAAUCAGAGAUUGUUUCAAAGUCGUGUACUCAUCUGGAAAAAAGGGUAUUCAACUUGAUGGUCUAUUCAACAUAGUAUCUUAUGAUCUUGUACCAAAGCUGCAAGAAACUCUCAUGGACAGUGAUUUUAAGAUUGUUAUUGCAGACGAAUCACACUACUUGAAGAAUGGUCAAGCAAAAAGGACAGAUGCUUGCAUUCCUCUUUUGCAUAAAGCACAGCACUGUAUCUUACUCACUGGGACUCCUGCAUUAUCACGGCCCAUUGAGCUUUUCACACAGCUGCAAGCGUUGCAUCCUAGUGCAUAUAAGAAUGUUCACCAUUAUGGACAGCGAUAUUGCAAGGGUGGAUAUUUUGGCACAUAUCAAGGAGCUAGUAAUCUUGAUGAGCUCCAUGCUUUAAUGAAGAAAACAGUUAUGAUUCGAAGAUUGAAGAAAGAUGUCCUUUCAGAACUUCCAGUCAAGCGUCGACAACAGGUAUUAUUAUCUUUGGAUGACAAAGGAUUGCAGCAAAUGCGAGCACUUUUCUUUGAGCUGGGAAGCAUAAAAAAGAAAAUGGAACUCUGCAAUCUUGAUGAAGAAGUCCAAAUGUUAAGGUUGUCUCAGCAGCAACUUAUCAGUAAGAUUUAUACAGAGUCAGCUGAAGUAAAGAUUCCAGCUGUGCUGGACUAUAUGCAAACUAUGAUUGAGGGAGGCUGCAAAUUUCUGGUGUUUGCACAUCAUCUGUCAAUGCUAGAUGCUAUUGAACAAUAUUUGAUUAAAAAGAAAGUUAGUUGUAUACGAAUUGAUGGAAGUACAUCACCAUCAUCAAGACAGAUGUUAGUAACACGGUUCCAGGAGAGAGAUGAUGUAAAAGUGGCCGUGCUUUCUAUACGUGCUGCGGGAGUGGGUCUGACACUGACUGCAGCAACCACAGUGAUAUUUGCAGAGUUGUCAUGGACGCCUGGUGAAAUUGUUCAGGCAGAAGAUCGUACCCAUCGAAUUGGUCAGGUGUCCUCGGUUAAUGUAUAUUAUCUGCAUGCAAAUGAGACAGUGGAUGAUCUUAUCUGGGAUUGUGUGCAGCAUAAGCUGGAAAAUUUAGGACAGGUACUUGAUGGUCAAGAGAAUGCCUUGGAAGCUUCUUCAGAGCAGCACUUUAACUUAAAUAAACGGCAGAAAAAAUUGGAUUCUUUUUUGCAACCUUGUGUAAAUGAUCAUUGUAGUACAAAAUCUUCAAAUUUGGCUUUGGAAGGUGACAAAGACCAGCGAUGAUAAUUCUGUAAUCUAUAAAAUUUUGUAAAACUGAAAAUUGCUUAUUUAAACAGUUCAAAGUUAACAGACAUGGACCACUAACCAAUUUAUUCAUCAACAUAUUCUCUUUCUUUGUAUAAUGAAUCAAGCUUUCAGUGUAUUCUCUUAUUAAUUUUGGUAGCAAUCCAGCAUGACGAUGAAGGGAAUUUGUGUCAUUGGAUCGUCUCCCUAUGUGGAUUUACUGUUUAGUGGACAAGAAGUACUGGAAGUAAUGAAAUAAUUUUUUUUGUA